AUGGAAACGACGAACUCUGCCCUAAUCAAUGGUGCUGUUGAUGCAAGACAGGGGAACAUCACUGCUGUCAUCGAGUCCGCGUCUACAUCAGUUUCUGAGUUACCAGAAUCUAUGGCACAACAAUCAGAUACGGUAUUAGAUAAAAAUGGACAGCCUUUGAUUGCUCCUGAAGUUGGAAUGGCUUUCGAUUCAGAGGAUAAAGCUUACGAGAUGUAUAAUAACUAUGCUGGUAAGGUCGGAUUCAGUAUUAGAAAGAGCCAUACGAAGCGCCGAGUUGAUAAAACUAUAUGCCAGAAGUAUAUAGUUUGCAGUAACGAAGGACACUGUGCUAAUGCGUCGUCACAGAAGGAUGUUACAAGGACGGGUUGUGAUGCCCGUGUUCAGUUUAGUGUCAGCAGAGAGGGGAUUUGGAAAGUGCAAAAGGUUGUACUUGAUCACAAUCAUUAUCUUGCUAGUCCUAAUAAAAAGCACAAGCUGAAGUCCCAGCGUCGUGUUACAGAUGCAGACAGGCAGCUGAUUGGUCAGAUAAGAGAAGCCGGGAUGAAGCCAGCCCAGGUGUAUGAGUUCAUGAAAGAAUUUUAUGGAGGAUCUGACAAAGUUCCAUUUGCAAAGAUGGAUAGCAACAAUGAGAUCGGUCGCGAGCGGAAGAAGUACUUAGAGUGCAAUGAUGCGCAGUCAUUGUUGGAUUACUUGAAGAAUAAGCAGAGAGAUGAUCCUGGAUUUUUUUAUGCUGCUCAAAUAGACGAGGAAGAUGGUCGGAUAGCUAAUUUCUUCUGGGCAGAUGGUCAGUCUAUUAUGGACUAUGCAUGCUUUGGUGACGCCGUAUCAUUUGACACCACCUUUCAGACUAAUAAGUUUGAAAUGCCUUUUGCUCCACUCCUGGGAACGAACCAUCACAAGCAAACAAUAAUUUUUGGGGCAGCAUUGAUAUUUAAUGAGAGUAUUGAAUCAUUUGUUUGGCUCUUUGAGACCUUCCUAACAGCUAUGUCUGGCAAACAUCCCAAAACAAUUUUCACUGAUCAAGACGCGGCCAUGGCAGGAGCAAUUGCCUAUAAAGUAUACUGUGCAAGCAUGCCUUCAAAGUUUUCAGUGUGA